AUGAGCAAGUUGAUUUUCAGCAGUAAGAAAAAGUCAAAGUAUGAUGACGAAGGAUCUACCAUUAGUUCCGCAUCUACGCUAGUCCCUCCGUCAGUUAUAGCUGAUCUCGAAAGGCUAAGCAUUACGAAAGAGCGCUUGGAACGUUAUGUCGAUGAAGCAAAAGACAAGACCGAAACUGAAUUAACGAAUCGAGCUAGAGCAGCUCGAGAAAAUGCCAUACGUAAAACACUCUCGAGUGUCAAGCGCUCAAUGGAAGUCGACCUUUGCUUCGUCUUGGACUGCACUGGAUCUAUGAAAUCACACAUUACCGCUGUCAAAGAUUGUAUCAUAAAAGUAACAGAUUACGUUACCUCUAUAAACCCCAGCAUUAAAAUUUGGGUCGGGUUUUGUGGUUAUCGAGACAUUUCUGAUGGAUCUGACCGCUUGAUAGUUUCCGACUUUACCGAUUCAUAUGCAAUGUUCAAAGCGUAUGUAGCCACAGUAUCAGCAAAGGGCGGUGAGGAUGCACCGGAAGACGUUCUUGGCGGUCUUGAUGCAGCCGUAAGAGUAAUGAACUGGCGACAUGGCACACGCAUUCUCCUUCACAUUGGUGACUGUCCGCCUCAUGGACGUCGUUAUAGUUCCCUGGGAGAUUCGUACCCUGGUGGCGAUCCGUAUGGAUUAACAGCAGAAAGUGUACUAAAACACAUGGAGCUAGAAAACAUCCUUUACUUUUUCGGAAAAAUUACAAGACUGACUAACCAAAUGGUUGAAAUUUUCCGUAGCAUAAUUGGUGACUUUCCGGUGUUUGAUCUUGAAAAGUGCAAUGCUGCCACUAUGGUUGACAAAUUUUACAAAGCUGCCAGCUCGGCCAUAAAUAGUUCUGUUUCGUUAACUAGCACAAUAGGAAGCGAUGCCAGGGACAUAUAUACUAUGCGACGUGAAAAACUCGAAAUGAAUCCGGAUGAGCCUAGUUGGGAUAGAUAUAGAUCACAAAAUGGAGUAGUCUUGUGGUAUCGUCCUCCCAAGACCCUGGACGAUCUUAAGAACCGUAAAUAUUUCAACAAAUCAAACAUUCUUCAUCGUAAUUUUAUUUACAUGAUUUCGACACAACCAUUUUCUUCUGGUACUGAAAAGUAUGCAUAUUAUGGUCUCGAUCUCAAGAGUAGGCCAUCAAAGAAAAUCGUGAUCAAAGAAUAUCUUAAACUUGGUGGAGGAGCUGAAAAGUACCUUGAAGUAGCGGAGGUCUCUAUUGUUGCAUAUUAUCUUGCCGCACAAUUUAAUGAAGCUGCAAGGCGAGUCAAGGCCAAGGAAGUAAACUUUUUAGAAGUAAAGGUUUUACAUAGUUCCGUUGGCGGUACGACUCGAUAUUACGCUGUUGAAGAGAGACUUAAAGAUGGCAAGUUUAAACGGUUCAACGUAAACAGUGGAGUAAUUGUGGAAUUUCAUCCCGUCCUUGAAGCUUUUGCUCAUUUCACAUACAUGCAUACUAAUAGAUAUUUAGUGGUUUAUGACCUUCAAGGAGUUGAAAAAGCGAACCAGUUCUUGCUAACAGAUCCCGCAAUACAUUGUAUUGAUUCAUUAAGAUUUGGAAAGACGAAUUUAGGCGAAAAGGGAAUCAACGAGUGUUUUUUGGCGAAUCACAAGUGUAAUGAUAUUUGUAGAAAAUUGAAAUUAAGACGCUAG